AUGAGUGAGGACUUGGAUGAGAGCAGCGAUCAGGCGAUGGUGUCGGGCAAUGAUGGCCUGAACGGCGAGAACGGCGUGAAUGGUGUGUCGUCGGGCGGAACGGGUGGACAGACUGGCGGACGCGAGAAGACGUUUGUGGUGAAGAAGUGGAACUGCUGUGCGAUGUGGUCGUGGGAUUGCGAGUGCGACACGUGUGCCAUAUGUCGCGUGCAAGUGAUGGACGCGUGUCUU